AUGUUGGGAAGUCCUAAUGUGGGACUCGAUAUGGAAAUCGUGGCAAUUGAGUCAACCAAUUUCAUCUAUGGUUCAAAUAUAAAUGAUUGGGAAAGGCUAUAUACUUCUUCAGCUCCAGCUCCUGCUUCAUCCGGUGUGUCGGAAGGCAAAAAGAUACGGAAAAAGGAUUUAUGGGAAGAACGAAAAUCUAUGGUGGAGAAUUAUGUUAAUAGGUACAGGGAAAUGAACGCAGGGAAAUUUCCAAGUGCUAGUAAUAUUAAGGCGAACGUAGGAGGGUCUUACUAUUCUGUUAGAAAGAUCCUCCAGGAGAUGAUAUACCAUUCCAAAACACCCUUCAUGGACACUAAGGCUUCUGUUUCGCUGGAGAAAGGUGCUGUGAAGAAGGCAGGACCAGGUGUCGGCUCUCGGGAGGUUUUACCAAGAAAUAAGAUAGAACAUAUGAGCCCAAUCUUGAAAGUAGACAUGAAAGAUGACAUAUCCAAGAGCGUCAAAUCAAAGGACAAAUUACAGUCUCCAAUUUCAGAUCAAAGUGAGAUAGCAAAGCAUGAUGGGCCUCAAUUCCAGUGCCUGGUCAAUGAAUCUAAAAGCAGCCUACAAUCUGAUCCUGGAAAUAGCUCAGAAUACAAGACUGUACAUGAGGAUAAGGUGAACUUGGAUGGGUUACAGCCGACUGCUGAGCUAAAACAGUCAACUGAAUCAGAUGUAUCUUGGAGCGAGUCUCGCAAAGUACCAUCCACUAAAGCUGCAGAACCUCCAAAGAAAUCCUCCGUGUGGCACAAUCUGAGGUCUUUUGCAAAUGGCAUUUUAGGUAUAUGGAAGAGAUCUUAA